AUGCACUCGGCGCGCGAGCCGGCUCGGGGACGCCGGCGUGAGCGCGCGCGUGCGCUCUUCGAAGCCCAGCCGGCGGCGCCGAUAGAGGGCAGCAGAGAGAGGAGAGCGGGGCCGGGUGGCGAGCAGCUCCUCUCGGGGAUUGAAGCUGGUGGCCCAGUGGAGAUGCUUCGCGGUCCCCCAGAAACACCGGGAGAGGUUCCAGUGAAGGACCGAGUGAAGGCUCCAGAUGAAGAGGGAGGCGGAAAGCGCUGGCAGCCAAAACCGUUCUCAGCUAAUCUUUGA